GGCCUCACCCUCCAGGUGCUUCCAAUGGCUGCCAACACUACGGGCCCCGCCGCGCCCUCCGGAGCAAGGGCCUCCUUCAUCCCGUCGCUGGCCAGCUGCCUCCUGUCUGUGGCGCUGGCCCUGGGGCUUCCUGGCAACCUUUUUGUGGUGUGGAGCAUCCUGGCAAAGAUGCGCAAGCGCUCGGUCACAGCCCUGCUGGUGCUGAACCUGGCAGUGGCCGACCUGGCCGUGCUGCUCACCGCCCCGUUCUUCCUGCACUCUCUGGCCCGCGGCACCUGGAUUUUCGGCCUCUUUGGCUGCCGCCUGUGCCACUACGUCUGCGGCGUCAGCAUGUAUGGCAGCGUCCUACUUAUCACCACCAUGAGUCUGGACCGCUCGCUGGCUGUGGCCCGGCCCUUCCUCUCCCAGAAGCUGCGCACCAAGGCGGUGGCCUGGCGGGUGCUGGUGGGCAUCUGGGUGGUGUCGGUGCUCCUGGCCACGCCGGUCAUCGCCUACCGCAAGGUGGGUCUGACGCCAAACAACCGGACAAUGUGCUUCUCGAAGUACCCCACGAACAACGACAAGGCUUUUCACCUGCUCUUCGAGGCCAUCACCGGCUUCCUGCUGCCCUUCGCGGCCAUCGUGGCCAGCUACUCGGACAUCGGGAGGCGCCUGCAGGCGCGCCGCUUCCGCCGCAGCCGCCGCACCGGCCGCCUGGUGGUGCUCAUCAUCCUGGCCUUCGCCGCCUUCUGGCUGCCCUAUCACGUGGUGAACUUGGCCGAGGCGAGCCGCGCGCUGGCCGGAGCGCCCCUGAUGGCCUCGGACCCCGCGGGCAAGCGCCUGAGCCUGGCCCGCAACGUGCUCAUCGCGCUGGCCUUCCUGAGCAGCAGCGUCAACCCGGUGCUCUACGCGUGCGCGGGCGGCGGCCUGCUGCGCUCGGCCGGCGUGGGCUUCGUGGCCAAACUGCUGGAGGGCACCGGCUCUGAGAUGUCCAGCACCCGCCGCCUUGGCACCCUGGGCGGCCAGACCGUGCGGGGCGCCCCUGUCCCGGCCGAGCCGGGUCCCACCAACAGCCUCACGGUGUCCCGCGACGACCCUCCGGAGUGA